AAAGCCGCGUCGAGUCCAAAACCACUAUAAAGAGUUCACUAGUCCACAUCCACAUCCACAUUCACAUUCACAUUCUCAUUCAGAUAACAAAACAAAGACAUAAUACUUACUCCCAAAAAAUAAAAUAAAAUUUUUGUGAUUCCUCAGGCAAUAUGGAAGAUUCAAGCUUUACGGAUUUGAUGCUGGACACUGACGAGUACUUGAUUGAUGAUUGGGAAUCCGAUUUCCCGGUGGUACCAGGAGAAACUAUGGAUCAUCAGAACCCGGAACCGGGUUCUGGAUCCGAAUCCGGGUUCAUGUUGAUACCCGAGAGACCUACAAAGCAACUGAAAGUCAACUCAACAUCUUCUUCUCCAUCAUCAUCUUCUUCUUCUGGUUCGCUCACAACGCCGCAAGUGAUCUCGUUCGGGGCUCCAGACCCGAAGAUGAACUUGGUCGAGACAUCUUUUAACUUCUCCAACCAAGCAAACAUGAAUCAGAAUGCUGGGUCCAAAAGAAAAGAGUGUGGUAAUAAUGGAGGAAAAAGAGAGCCACAUCUAUUGAAAGAACAUGUUUUGGCUGAACGUAAACGUCGACAAAAGCUCAACGAACGUUUGAUUGCUCUCUCUGCUCUUCUUCCUGGCCUCAAAAAGGCUGAUAAAGCAAGCGUUCUUGAAGACGCGAUUAAACAUUUGAAACAACUUCAAGAACGCGUAAAGAAGCUGGAGGAAGAGCGAGUUGGAACCAAGAAAAUGGACCAAUCGGUUAUAUUGGUAAAGAGAUCUCAAGUGUAUGUGGAAGAUGAUUCUUCAUCUUAUUCUUCUACGUGUUCAGCAGCUUCUCCUCCGUCUUCUUCUUUAGAUGAAGUUUCCAUCUUGAAGCAGACAAUGCCUAUGAUCGAAGCACGAGUUUCAGACAGAGAUUUGCUGAUUAGGAUCCAUUGUGAAAAAAACAAAGGGUGUUUAGUUAAGAUCUUGAGUUCACUGGAGAAGUUUCGUCUUGAAGUAGUCAAUAGUUUUACUUUACCCUUUGGAAGUAAAACUCUCGUUAUCACCAUUCUCUCUAAGAUGGACAACAAAUUUUCUCGACCUAUUGAAGAUGUUGUGAAGAACAUAAGACUUGCGUUAGCGGAAUAGUAUUGGGCAAAACCGUUACGUUGGUCAUCAAAAAGAAACCCGUUACGUUGAGUUGGAUAAUAAAAGCAGAGAGAGGCAUGAGAUAUGGGAUUUGUUGAGUUGUAAUAGCUGGAUUAGUGUUUGUGUCUGUGUACCCAGUGAUGGAUGUAUCAUUGGUUUGAUUUGAUAAUGAUGAUCGAAGCUUUUUUUUAAUUGGCUUCUGAGGAACAAGAUAUCUCAGCUUGAUUAUGAA